UCAGUAAUCCAGGUAAAUUAAUGAUCGCCGAGCUAGACAAGAAGAUCUUUCAGGCAGAAGGCCAUGACUGCUCUCUUUCGUAUAUUCAAGAUGUGGCCAGAGAUAGUAAAAGUGGAAAAUAUUUAAUCAAGAAAUAAGUAUAAAGCCAGAAGGAAAACUAGCAAAGUCCUGUUUUCCCUGAAAGGAUUAGCCAGAAAGAAACGUCAUCUUGCCAAUAGCGUUGAACAUAAGAGUCCAAGUGGGUUCAGCAAUAGCAAGAAUUCAUCCUUUAAUACCUAUUUGCACUAAGCCAAGCUGAAACAGCCAGAAUUAGAACUAAACGUAUCGAAGAAAGAUUUAAAAUUAAGAAAAAGAUGGAGAGGCAGAGAAACAGAAAACUCUCAAACGAAUCCAGAGAGAAAAAUAUGUUUAAAAAAUAUCUUAACCUCACUCCUGAAAUGAGGUGUGUCUCUAAAAUAUAAAAGCAGAUUCAGGGAAUAGAUCUCGCCAACUAAGGAAGAAAAUGAUGACUUACUUUCAAAACAAUCCUUUGAGAACUUCAAUGAUGAACAGAAAAACUGAAAGAAAAGUUAACAGCAAAUUGAGAAACUUGAAAUCCAAGUUAGGCUUAAAGCAUUCUGCACUGAGCGAGAUGUAUCAAACAGUCAGCAAUUUAAGUAAACCAAAUCAGAGAAGGUAUACACAGGCUCUAAGUAGAAAUCUGGCUUCGCAAAAUACUUCACGUUUAAAAACCCAAGGAUUCAGGAAUAGUCAAGACAUACGAAUAGAGAAUUCAUCUCAAAUAGGCCCUAAAAAUCUUAUAAAAAUUGAUGAUUUCCCUACAAUUCCUAUAUCUACUGACUACGAGUCAUUCCAAAACACCCCACUGAACAUGAAUGUUACCUUCCAGAAUAUCCCUGAGAGACCUGUAUUAAAAUCUAGAAAUUAUCACACAACAUACAGAAAUACUCUAGACCCAGUUAUAAAGCCUUCUCAUAUCUUUAAACCAGAUAAGUAAGCUCUCCUUACCUCCCCAAAGACACUUUGAUCAAAAUUCCUAACAAAACCAAUAUUUCA